GUUAGUCGUUAUUUGAACCCUUGAGAAUGAGGACAGUGAGAAAUAUCUGAAAGAAAGUGCGAUAAGAAUUUUGAUAUUUGGCGUAGUAGCGCCGCCGUGUGUUUUGCGACAUUGUCGAAAAUGUCGAAAUUAGGAAUUUUGUUGUGCAUUUUACAACUUUUGAGUUAUGAGGGAUCCGUAACGGGGCAGAAUUUUGGGCGAUUUCCUCCUCCAAUUCCUCCGCGAAGACCGCUAGUCCCAUUACUCCCACCAGUCCCGUCCGCCGAGUUUGUGGAGCGUUUGACAAAAGCGCAAUUAGCGUUUAUCCGGCAUCACCAAGAAAUUCAGAAGAAUGCAGAAAAGACGAAUUACACUCCGUACGCGUGUCUCCCAAAGUACAUUUGUAUCGUGGAGGACGCUAAUGGACACAAACGGACGGCCGUGGUGAACGGGUUGCAUCCCGUAUUGAGAGAAAUGCCCAGCACAAAUUCAAUGAACACUCCGUACCAACCCGGGAGUACGACAGGGAAAGGUCGUAACGACUUAAUCGGCGGUGUGAUAGGUCCCGUCAACCCAGAAAACCAGGAGCGGCUGAACCGAGAUGAUUUCCUCCGAGAACAAGAUCUCGCCGAACAGGCCGCAUUAGAACAGCAAUUCCGCCAAGAACAGUUACGCCGAGAAUCUGCCGAGUCUGGCGAGGGUGGCGGUGACUCUGUCGAAUCGGACGAAGACUCUGGAGAAAGUCCUCCCGCCAACAACAAUUCACCACUUCGACGAGUCAAAAGACCAGGAGCACCACCCCCGCAAAUUGUUGGUUCAAAUGUCAAUUCGUCCAGUAAUAAUGAUGGCGGAUUAUUGAGCAAGUUCAAGCAUGGUAUUCCACUCCCGUCCAUGAUACCCACAAUUUUCACACACAAUAACGAACCCCCAACACCACCAGGCACUCCAAACAAAGGCCUGUUGAGAAGAAUGCUGGGAUUCCGGGGAAAACGGGACACGAAGUCAAAAAAGCUCAACACCGGCCUUUCAUCCCCCUUCAUCACAAAAUUAGGACCCGGAAUCAAAAGUUCCGACCAGUGUCGCAUCCUGUACAAUGGUUGCGAACUGAAUUACGACCAAAUCAUGCAGAUUGCUGACGAAGGUCAAGUCUUGAUUGAGGGAGAUGACCCCACAACAACGACCAAACCUCCAAAUCGGCACAACCAGAGAGUCAAAUUGCGACCAGAAGAUGAUGAGGCGGAACAAGCUGCGAAAGAAGGUGGAAAACUGCCCCCAGCCAAACCAUUCGUUCAACUUUUGCACUCCGGCUUCAAACCGUUCGACAAAAAGAAGAAGGUUGGCUCUUACAAGGUUAAGAUCAACAAAUACGCGAAACCCCCACUUCCGGGCGGUGCACACCUCAAGUUCACCAAAAAACCGGUGAACGAUGAGGAGGAGGAGGAUGACGAUGAAGAUAAUCACAUCAGUCGUGUCCCUUCCUACCCUCACAGACCGAUGAAAUUCACGUGGGGGAAGCCACUCGUGUACGUGAAUGGACAGCCACAAACGCCGGAAAUUUUUGGGGUCAAUUCAAGACGACCAACUCAACCUCCAACCCCACCCCCACCAACCACACCUGCCCCACCCACCCCAAUCUUCGUAAUGAAACCAAUCUACCACAAAAUCAAUAGAACCGUGACAGAGACAAACGUCGUCAAAAUCAACUCUACUCACGCACUUGAGAUCAAAACUCCAAAAACUAAACCGUACCGCCCCAUUCGAGCCGAGCUUGCCGACAAGAACGGAAAUCCCGCCAGUUUCGCCAGCGUUUUCACCGAGAUUGCUGGAAGCAGUGGUGGCAUUCACGACUACUUCGAUACCAUUGCGAAUUCCGUGGGUGGUCCUCCCAUGAAGAGGAAGCGUCGAGUAAAGCAAUUCCCACCACCGCCGCCCGGCCCUCCACCCACAAAACCACCACCACGGUCGGAAGAAUGGGUCGACGAUCCAUCCGACGAGGAAGAGGAAGACGACGCAACCUCUGGGCAACAGAAGGACAAGGCUGAAAGUGAAGAAGAGGAGGAAGAAGACAACGACGACGAGACACCCGCAGCAGUUGCAGGAAAACCUGAGACGACUACGACUCCAGUAGUGAAAACCAAGCCAAAUCCAACGCCUAAACCGAAACAAAAGUACAAAACCACGCCAAAAAAGAAGGAGAAAGUAAAGCCAGAGAAAGAAGAUGAAGAAGAGGACGAUAUCGCAGAUGACGAAGUUACCAAAGGUGAGGAUGAUGAAGAGGAUGACGUCGCAGAUGACGAGACUACCGGUGCGAAACGGAAGCCACAAAAGGGGGAUGAUGACGACGACGAUGAAGAAGAAGACGACGUUGCCGAGGAUAUUCCCAGCCCUCCAAAGAACAAAAAGAACAAGAAGAAGGACAAGAAAAAGAAGUAUAAGAAACCCAAGAAACCCGCCAAGCCGCAGGAGGACGAGGAAGAAGACGACCUUGACCUCGAGGAAGACAUGGACGAAGAAGAUCGUCGCAAACGAAUUAAGGCUGCCGCAGAAGUCCAAUUUCCCUCUUUUCUCUCCGAGGACAUCAAAGAAGCCAUUCGAGACGGGAUUCGAACCGGGGGCAUGAAGAAAUUAAAGGAAAAGCAGCCUAAAAAGGGGGCAAGUAAAGGGGGCAGCGGAGGAGGAGGACCACCACCAAGUCAUGUAAAUCAAGGAGGGGGCAGCCCUGGCGGCAGCCCUGGCGGCAGCCCUGGCGGCUAUUAUGGUGGUCAGCAACAAUACUCCAGACCGCCGCCACGUGGUGGGGGAUUCUUAUCGUCAUUCUUUGGUUAAAUUAGCAAAAGUUUAAUUUUACUGUAAACAUUUACAAAAAGGUUUAUCGAGUAAUAAUUUAUUUUUGUUUCAUGCGUGGAUGACUUUAAUGCCAAACUGAUAUUUAUUAUAAGAAAUAAAUAAAUCUUAUAUGCAGAUAAUAAGGUCAAAUAAUUAAACAUCAUAUAAAAAAAU